UGUGAGUGGACAACCCAAACACGGACGGUUAGCAGACAACAUCAAACAACGGCGGCCUGACAGCCAUUUAAAUUAACUAAUUAUCGUCAGCGCGAACAAAAAAAUGUGACCAAGAGAGAAGGACACCUUGGUGGGGGACUGUCAGAAACACAUGACAACCAACUUUGGUUGUUGUGAGAGGCGCACCAUGGCAUCUCAGCCGAGUGAAGAAAGGAACCGUCUUCGCCUCCGUGCAUGGGAACAGAGGAACCAAGAAACAAGCGAAGCCAAAGAACUCAACCCUGAGAAUGUUCCACUCUUUGGGGAGCCAUACAAGACAAACAAAGGGGAUGAGCUUUCCAAUCGAAUCCAGAGGAUGCUGGGCAGUUAUGAAGAUGUGAAUAAUCCGUAUCCCUUUGCCGUGGAGCCUUUACCCAUUCCUUCUUAUGUAACCUUUUCACAGUCAGAUCAGGGACAGCCAAACACAGAUAAACCAACCAAACCUUCAUUCCAAAACCAGGUCCAUUACAUGCCUACUGAAAAUCAGAAAGCUCCCUCUGUUAACGGUUACUCCUCUCAGCCCACGAGGACGUCCACUGCCACUUCUUCUCCUAACCACCGUGGACAUUCAGCAACUUUCUCAAAUGCGUCUUUGAACCACAGUCAGCUCAGCCACUCAGCAAAGAAGAGUGAAGCCCACUCAGAUCUCAGGGAGCGUGUCAGCCUUCCCCAGGAAAUGUCUUCUCAGUCUUCUGAUAUUAAGCCGCCACCCUUCCCACAUUCCAGUGACCACGAUAAUACUGACAUGGACACUAAGGACACCUUUGAUAGACGUCAGCAUCAAGGGUCCACGGAUCAUCCCUCAGAGUCUGCCAGCAUUACGGAUGUUUCCACACUUAACCUUAAACAGUCCCCCAAAGAUGCAUCUCUGCCUCACACUAACAAGGGCAACACACUACCUUCCCAAACCUUCCCUUCUCUCCUGUCGUCAAAGCAGCCCAGUGUAGUCAUGACCCAGAAGCCGACAGCAUAUGUGCGGCCCAUGGAUGGUCAGGACCAGGUGGUCAGCGAGUCACCUGAGCUGAAGCCUUCACCAGAGCCAUAUGCAUCUCUACCAGAGUUAAUCAACAAAUCUGAGCUGGGAAAAACGAAGAUACUGCCACAAUUUUUGGAGACAAGGACAAAUGAAGUUCAGUGUGUCGAAGACAUCUUGAGGGAAAUGACCCGCUCAUGCCCACCCCUCCUGACAGCUAUACACACACCUAGCACAGAAGAACCCUCCAAGUCCCCGUUUCCAGCCAAGGAAGCAGAGCAUGUCUCCUCAUGUCCAGGAAAAAAAAAUUAUGAGUCCCCUCCUGCCAAUCCAUCCCAGCUAAUCCAGCAGAGCUCCUCAUCUAGUUCAUUUGAAGCAACACAUUCCAGAGGGGUAGAGUCCACCAGCUCCAGUGACUCAGAGAGUAGUUCAAGAUCAGAGUCAGACAGUGAAAGCACCGUCGAGGAGCCACCUCAGCCCCCAGCGAUCAACUCCAUCAAAACUGAGCCUGAUGCUCCAGCAGUGACCCAUGUUGACUGGCAGUUGGGGAACUGGAUCCGGUCCAGCCAGCAGAACUCCGGCACUGAGAGUCAAAGUAGUGUACAUGCCUCUGAGAGCCCCGCUCACAAACAGCCACCGCCCACUCAAAGCUCCAAGCACUCACUCAGUGUAGAGGUGGUCAACCCCACCAAGGAGUCUAAACCUCAGCUGUCUUCUUACCGGAAAAAGUUCCCAGAUAGGCUUACGAAGCCCCAGCAGCACAGUGAGAACCCUCAGGACAACUAUAACCAUCAAAGUAGCCACGAAUCCCCCUCUGCUGAUUUGAACAGCUGUAGCAGUUCCAAGAAACUUUCAUGCAACACGUACUCCUCAAAACCAACAAAGGCAGGUUGCCCAGAUCGCACUGAAGCAGCUGUCAGCGUGAAGUGUGAGGAGGUUGUCGCCACCCGAGACAAAGACCCCUGUUUCACAGAUAGACCCAAGGUGAAGACGAAAGCAGGACAUAGCAAGAAAAGCAAGGACAGCAGUGACACUAAAAGAGACAGUAAGAGGACUUCUAAACACAUGUCACUUGACAAGCAGAAGGCUGUAUCAGAGCCUCAAGUCACAGUGGUCCUGUGUGGUCACUGUCCUUCAUGUGGUGUACGAUAUCCUGACCCCUGUUCCUGCCCCACACAAAGUCUUGCUCAGCCUGACCAGCUGUCCCCCGCCCCUUUGCUCAGAAUCAGUUGUACCAAACAAACAUCAGAGACCAUUGGCCAGAAGGGCACCAAGAUUCCUCACAAAACAACCCACAAGCACUCAGAGAAGACUGGGCAGAAAGCCAAGAGCUCUCGGGACCACCACAGUCCUCCUAGAUCCCUGCUGGUGAGGAUUGAUCUAAGUUUGCUCUCAAGAGUCCCCCGCACCUCCGGCAACCACCAGAAGAUACCCAACAAUGCAAAGAGACCAGCACUGGUUAUAGAGCAAAAUGGAGGGGGCAGUGAUGCUUCUGCGGCACACAAACUCACCAAAACCAGCAAAAAGAGUGUAUCUCAAAAUGCUGAGAUAGACAAUGCAACUCUUCCCAGGAAGAAACAGAGGCUGGAAAACAAGAAUACCUCAUCAGCUCAUGUGUCGGUCAAAAUGGAACAUUCUGGCAAUUCAACAAAGGACCGGGAGCCAAAGAAGGCCAAGAAAAAUCCUGUUCCUUUGCAGAAGCCUCAGACACCCAAAGAUUCUGCUAAAGGCCCAAAGUUGCACAAACGCAGUUCAGGGGAGACGCAGGAGCUCAGUAAGGAGGCUGUAAAGAGAAAAGAGUCAAGCAAGCACAAGAGUAGCAGUGGAAAGCACACAGAGCACCCACACUCUGAAAAGAAGCCCCGCAAGAGCAGCCUUGCCGUCACAUCAUCUUCACAGCCUGCCAGGGAAGCUUUGAGCAACAGGCCCCUGCUCAGAUUGGAAGACAGGCAGUAUCCAGUGAAGCACUACAUAAAGGAGGCCAAAAAGCUGAAGCACAAAGCAGACGCAGAGUCAGAUAAGCUCAGCAAAGCAUUCAACUACCUGGAUGCUGUCAUCUUCUUUGUUGAAAGUGGCAUUGCGAUGGAAAAAGAUCCACAAAUUUCAAUGUCGUCCUACACUAUGUUUGCAGAAACAGUGGACCUGCUCGGGUUCGUACUGAAACUUAAAAACUCAGUGGACGCCUCUGCUACACCCUCAGAAAAGGACUUUUUAGUUUUAUGCUUGAAGUGCCAGUCUCUCCUGCAGAUGGCCAUGUUUUGCCAGAAACACAAAACUGCACUCAAGUAUUCAAAGACCCUCACCUAUCACUUCAGCAACUCAACACAUGAGCCCCCUGCCGUUACAUCAAGAGUCACAGUCACACCCUCCUACACGCCCAACAUGCCUUCUCCAGCCAACUCAUGCAGCAGCUUAGGUCCCAGCUCCAGCCACAGGGGCAGCGGGUUGGUUGCGGACCCUGUCAGCAGCACCGUGGCAGUUCCCCAGUCCAUUGGACAGAUGGCAAUCACCUACGUCAACAUCACUACGUUAUUCUUGAGCGCUUACGACAUCUGGGAACAGGCGGAGGAGCUGGCACAAAAAGGCAGCGGUAUGCUGACAGAGCUGGACACAGUUAUGGGUCCUUUAAGCCUCACAUCAAGUAUGAGCUCUAUGGUCCGUUACAUGAGACAAGGCGUCCACUGGCUAAGGCUGGAAAGCCGAAAGGUAGAGUGAUCCAGCAACCUGCCCCCAUCACUGAACACCUGCAAAACCCUUCAAGCUGCCUGUCACUACCUUUACUGCACCUCACUGUGUUUAACUCUGAUACCGACCUGGCCCUGGACCUCUGCGCCAAUUUUCUUCACUUCACAUGGACAUGAACUCAUCUCAUUGUGAAAAGGUAGACAGAGAUCUCCUCUCAUGUGAUGUGUGUUCUUAAGGAUACCACACUGAUCAUUGCACUUUUUAUUUUGGUUUCUCUUUCUUUUUCUCUGGUAACUUUCUGAGCUGGGUCACAUCUGUUGUAAUAAAUGUAUUUUCUCAUCACCUUACUGUUCCUCUGUCAGCUGAUGUCAUGGAAUCAAUAGUGAAUCAGGGCUCUUUAUUCAGGAGUGACCUUACUCAUUUGGGAUGGAGGAUGCACAUGAAAUAUAACCAAAACUACCAUUUGGUGGCUUUAUAAUUCUCCCCAGCCUCAUCAUGUGGUUGUGGUGCAAGUCCAGACACAGAUCUUAUUUAUUACCCCAACUGUUGUUAUUAAUGUCACUAUAAGGCACUAAAAUCAUUGCUUAAAUGAACCAUGAUUUUUAUUUAAUUUAUCUUAAAAAGAGAUGAAGUUCCCCUGUCUCAGUCUGAGAGGUUUGAUUUUGGAUUCAGGGAUUUUUGUAUUUUUUAAAAUUCUGCAUUUCAUUUCUCCCACAAAUCAGCGAGGAAGAUCACCCCUAAGAAUUCUGGUGUGCAUGAAUUAAUUUCUUAUCACAUUUGUACAGGUGACACGGUCUAAUCUUGACUACGUAUGAAAAAGAGACAAGUCAAAUGUGGGGACACUGUUGCACAAGCACCUGAUAAUUAUCUUAAAUUAGCAUUAGUUUUAUUCAUUUUUAGCUAAUCCCUUGUUGGCAUCUGUAUUUUCAGUUUUUUCAGAUGAGUGUUGCCAGAUUCCCACAGCUCUGGUUACACUGAAACACACCUCUUGUGCAAUAAUAAGUGCAUUAUAAGAAUAAAACAAACAGAAAAAAAAGUGCCAUACUGUUAAUUAGAUGUCUGUCCUCCUGACAAAUACAUGUUGAAUGUAGAUUGAAUUGCGUAUAGAUUGAGAGUGUUGCUGAAAACAACGAUACAUGUGGACAUGAAUAAUGAGAUAAGGAGGAAGAGUAGGGAAGGUUUUAUGAUUUCAGGGGAGACUUACCUGUAUGACAUUUUCAGACUGACAGCUGUUCGGUCUUUAAUGAAUAAGGAAGUCAUUGUGUGUGAGGUGUAAGUGUAGCAUCAGUGGAAUUUCAAGGCAUAAACAUUUUGUCGUUUGCAUCUGGACUCUUGUUUGUGUCGUAAAGAAUGAUGAUUGAAAAUGUCUUGGAACUGAAAGACACUAAUUUCUGAUGGAUCUGUUGUUAUGAUCGUUGAUGGCUGCAGCUCAGUGACUCCUUUGUCAGACCAGAGAAGACUAGAUUUUAUUCUUGUCAUCCAGUUAAAAGAAAUUUGCACUUGUGCCCUCCUUCUAAUGGAAAUCAUACCAACAUCAAAGUGAAGUAACCAUCUUUAAGAACAAAAAAGGAGGGGUUAUGUUUACAUCUUCGACUCUCCUGAGGUAUAGUGGUGGAUGUAGAGGUUAGCAUCGGCUGUGUUUGUCAGUUUGAGUCACCUUUCACGUGUGGUGGGACGACCACAGUCGUUCAGCAGAUAUGAAACUACAGUAGUGUUCCCUUUAUUUGUUUUUGCACCAGUAAGCUGCUUUUCAUCUGUUUCCCACACUUUUGUUGAGUAGCGAAUGUUAAGUUGCAAUAUGUUUACUAAAAUCUGUGGGAGUAGAAUAAAUGGCCAAAAUGAUAGCUUACUAAAGAAUGCACUUUGAGUAUUUGUAGUUAAUUUCAGUGUGGACAAAAGAACACCACUUUCCUAAGACCGGCGGGACUGUGCUAGUCUUUACUCUUGUUUAUUGUAACUUUGAUUCAAAGCAAUAAAGUGAGCUCAAGUUUUUUUAGCGGUUUGUUGAAAUAGUUAUCACAAGUUCUUAUUGAUACACAGGGGGAUGCUGAAAUAAUCAGUGUAAUAUCAGUGAGAAAAGAAACAGUGCUUUAGAGGAGUACGUUUCUUGAAUCGAGCACCAUUGGGUUUUGAAAUGUUUUGCUUGUUGAAUCAGUUAGUGUGUCUGUGCAAUUACGCGAUAAAAGGGCUAGACGAGGAUCACAAAGUGUCCCUGAAUUUAUUUUCUCACAUAAAUGACAAAGUGAUAUUUUUUUUAAAGUAAGGAGCAAGUGCACAGGUGCUGUGGCAUCUGGGGUUAUUUUUACGUACCGAUCAUCAGCCGGCUGUUCUAGAAAUGAUCUUUAGACUUUUCUCUUUUUUUUUGUUAUUGCACACGAGGUCAUUUUGGCACUUGAAAUUCAUAACUUGUGCAACUUCAACUGUUUUCUUGUCUUUUUCAACCUGUGGCUUUAUUUCCAUCAUUCUCGACUGUUGGUGCUUCAUUUAUUAAUUACUCUGCAACAAGUUUACACUUCUUGUCCAAAUAAUUAUUUACUGGAAAAAAUGUUCGGAAAGGUUUUUGAAGGAUGGGAUUUUUUUUCCUUUUUGUGAAAUAUGUAAAGAAUUUGUG